AUGUUGGUGGACUUGAACGUGCCAUGGCCCCAGAAGUCGUACGACGCCAAGCCCAGCGCGCAGGACCUCGACCAGCUCAAGCGCACGCUCACCACGCUGCACGCGCUCGGCUACACGCACGUCGCGCUCAACUUCACCGUCCCCCACAGCACCAGCUUCCCCAAGGCUAGUGACCAGCUCAACCCCAUCGACCUCGCCGCGCUCGCCGACGUCCGCGCUGCCACCGGCCUGCGCCUCUACACCCGCCUCACGCUCGUCGUCGACGACCCCGCGCGCGGCCAGGCCCUCGCCCGCGUCGCCGCCGCCUUCGACAUCGUCGCCGCGCUGCCCGUCUCCGAGCGCGGCCUCGCGCUCGCCGCCGGCGGCCUCGACGUCGACCUGCUCACCUUCCACUACGGCCAGCGCCUGCCCGCGCUGCUCAAGCACAAGACCGUGUGCGGCUGUGUGCGCGCCGGCCUCAAGAUCGAGCUCGUCUACGCCCACGCCCUGCGCGACGUGCCCGCGCGCCGCAGCUUCGUUGUCAACUGCAAGACCGUCAUCCGCGCCGCGCGCGCGCGCGGCCUCGUCGUCAGCUCCGGCGCGCGCAGCCCGCUCGAGUGCCGCAACAUCCUCGGCGUCGCCGCCCUGCUGCGGCAUAUCGGCCUGAAGGACGACCGCUGUUCCCGCGCCAUGCGCGACCUGGCCAGCCUGGCCCUGCUCAACGGCCGCCUGCGCUCCAAGAGCUACCGCCACACCGUCAGAGCGGCCCCCGUCCCCAAGCGCCCGCGUAGCCCCGACGCGGGCGCCGCGGACAACCACAAAAAGCCUAGAGACGCCUGA